CGUAACUCUAGUAGUAAACUAUUUAACAACUAUAAUGGGUGAUAACAGUGUAAAUCUUAAUAAAAAGGAACUAAUACUCGAACGACUUAACAAACGUAAUAAAGACCGUCAAAAUUACCUGGAUGCAAAAAUAGAACUGCGGAACAAGGAGUCGACCGAAUUUGAAGGCACCGACUACUUUGCACAGACCUUUUCAGAACGAGUCAAAGAUAUCGAGAAGAACAUCAACAAUGUGCACAAGGAUACACCCGAUUUAACGAGGACGUUUGCAAGCAUCAACAAUGACAUUCAAGAAUUGCAGAGAUACCUCUCGAAUUCAACUCUAUUCCUCCCCGACUACAAAAUCAAAGCGUGUCAAAAUAUCUUGAACGAAUUAACUGCGCAGUCAGAGGAUGUCCGGCAAAGAUUACUACCAAAAAAGAAAUUCGGUUUCAAUAAUAAGAAAGCUAUAAACAUAAAGACAAAUGCCGUUCAGAAAAACAGUAACGGCGUUGAUAAGACCGACUUCGUUCCUGAGAAAACAAAGUUUUCAUGGACGCUGUCAGAUCGAAGCAAUGAAUACAAAUUACUAGUCGGAACCGAAGUAGAUAGGAAGGAUGUAACAAUUUCAGGUCUAAAGAAUUGCUUUGUCGAAAUACGAGGACACGCUGGCUCAGUGCAAAUCUCCAAUACCGACAAUUGCACGUUCCUUUGUGGACCAAUCUCCCGCUCCUUAUUUGCCGAGAACUGCACCAAUUGCACAAUUGUCGCUGCAUGUCAACAACUUCGUCUCCACUCAUCCAUCAACUGCCGUUUAUACUUGCAUGUAACCUGUCGCGCUAUCAUUGAAGAUUGUACAAAAAUCGAAGUUGGUUCCUACAACUAUGAAUACUUGGGGAUCGAUAUUGAUUUCAAGAAAUCAGGACUGGAUGAAACUGUGAAUAACUAUCGCGAUGUGGCUGAUUUCAAUUGGCUAUCGCCGGAUAAGCCUUCUCCAAACUGGAGAUUGAUUAGUGAACUCGAUUAUGGGGAUUCGAAAGCCAAUUGGACCGAAAUUAAGGAACAAUUUGAAAGAGAUAAGAAAUUCUGAAAAUUACUGUUCUUGGCUUUCUUGAUUUGCACUCAGUUAUUCAUUUUAAUUUACAUAAUGUAUGAGAAAAUAGAUUUUCUGUUUCUUCAAGCAACACCAUACUGAAGGUUACUGAUAUUGUUAGCUUUUUAUAGUGCGCAACCCCUGAUCAAGUUGAGAUAUAAGCAAGUAUUAUGCAGAUUGGAAAUGAACACACUAGUGAUAAUCGAGACUAUUUAUAAUAAAAGAUAGAGAUUUACCAUAG